AUGUCUUCUAUAGAUGUGGCUGGUGCCGUCCGCAAUAUUCUUGGAGACAGCAAUCUUAACUCUGAACUAUCUACCGCUUUGGUUUCAUUAGCUUCUGCUUUGGAUCAGCUAAAGAAACAACAAAUUCAAAUGAAGGAUCAGCAGGACGCUUCCACUAAAGAACUGGAAUUAGUCCGUCGUAUGUCGAGGACUAAUUGGUUGCUUGUGAUCAAUUUGCCGCUGCCUUUCGGCCUAUCAAAAGGCCAGGCUUUGCAACGUCUGUUCGACAAUUUGAAUUACUCCAAACCGCUUUUUGACUCAGAACGUGAUCUUCUAGCUGCAGAAAUUCUUUAUGUGAACAAAAACGGAGCAACUUGUAAUAUGGCUAUCACAUCAUGGGCUAUACGAGAUCCAGAAAGGAAUGUUGGACAAUUUUCAAGUACACAUGAAUAUCUAAGGAGUUGCUGA